UCACUGAGCAAGCGAGGCGGUCUUUUGCGUGUGCACCUGCUAUUCCACUCCGGCUUCCUGUUUUAAUCCUAAUCCCCGGUGAAUGGUUCCUAAGGUUGCAAUCACAUUGGUUCUUUCCUUGAGCCAGAUUUGUUUGAAUGAAUUCGCUGUUUAGUAUGAUGAAUGAAAAUUUAGGCAUCCUGCAAUUUAGUUUCUAAUUUGUUGUUAUUGCGAAGUUGUUAUGAGUAUCCCAAACCCUGAGAGGUUAGACCCAGGAGGUAAAAGCCAGAUCUCAGCCAUUCGAAAGGAGGAUUGUGUGUACACCAGCUGUUAUUGUGAAGAAAAUAUAUGGAAGCUUUGUGAAUACAUAAGGAACAGAAGACAAUAUCCUCUGGAAGAAUGGUACACUGUUUUCAUAUCAAAUGACCAAAAGAUGGUCCCCAUCUGGAGUCAGCAGUCUGGCAGUGGAGAUCAGCCUGUAAUCUGGGAUUACCAUGUUAUCCUACUUCAUGAUUGUGGAGGACAGCACUGUGAGGUCUAUGACCUGGAUACAACACUCCCAUUUCCAUGUCCUUUCGAUACUUACGUGAAAGAAGCCUUCAGAUCUGAAGAUCUCAUCAGACCAGCUUUUAGAAGAAAAUUGAGAGUACUACGAGCAGAUCUGUACCUGAAGACAUUCGCUUCAGAUCGAUCUCAUAUGAAAGAUGUUAACGGAAUGUGGCGCAUGCCUCCUCCUCCAUAUCCUUGUAUUCAAACAGCAGAGUCAAAGAUGAACUUGGAUGAUUUUAUCAGUAUGACUCGUACCAUCGGAUGGGGUGAUGUCUAUACCUUUCCAGAAUUUGUCCAACAAUUCGGAAGUUCAAAGUUAUAAUAUUUGAAAGAAAAACCACAAAGAUUCCAGUUUUAGUCCUUGCCCUAUGAGAAGAACUGCAUAACAGACAUUAAUAAUCCUUCAAGAAGCAGCAUCUUGGUGUUGAAGUUUCCAAAAUCCUCAAAAUGGGCAGUAAAGAGAACACACGAUGACAAGAAUGGAGGGGAGAGAGAGAGAGAGAGAGAGGUGGAUACUAAAGAAAAUCAAAUUCAAACUUGAUGCUGGAAGUGGUGAUUCUGCCGACCUCUCAAAUCAGAAACAUUACUUAAGAAUGAAUCCUUAACAUAAGAAGGAGAGAAUGUAAUGAACUGUUUACUAUAGACACAUGCUAUAUCUUUAUUCAUUGAGACUGUUCCUUCUUCAUACAUUAAUAUCACGAAUAAAGAACACCAAUCAUAUCUGAUCAGUGUAGAAUCCUGCAGAAUAUUGUUAAUCCACAAAGCAAAAUAGUUCAAUAAAAAUCUUUUUAAAGCUUAAA